AUUUCUACAGCGCUUCAAGUGUAGUCUUGAAUAACAAUAUAAAUAAGCGCCGAAACAUGAAACGUUUCUGCCUCCUGGCGCGAAAUACAUAAAAGCUUGAUGGAUGCUGCAAACCGCUCUGACUUCUACAUUGGUUUGGCACUUGCUGUAAGCUCGACUAUUUUCAUCGGUGGCAGUUUUAUAUUGAAAAAGAAAGGCUUAUUACGAUUGGCCAAAAAGGGCUCUACUAGAGCAGGUCAAGGUGGAUAUGCAUACCUUAAAGAAUGGUUGUGGUGGGCUGGGCUUAUAUCAAUGGGAAUAGGUGAGGGAGCAAAUUUUGCAGCUUAUGCAUUUGCUCCUGCCACAUUAGUAACGCCUCUGGGAGCAUUGAGCGUUUUGGUCAGUGCUGUGCUUUCGUCGUAUUUCCUGAGUGAGCGUCUGAAUAUCCAUGGGAAAAUCGGCUGUUUGCUGUGUAUCUUCGGUUCCACUGUUAUGGUGCUUCAUGCUCCGCAAGAAGAGGAGGUUGCUACUUUGAUUGCAAUGGCAGAGAAACUGAAAGAUCCAGGAUUCAUCGCUUUUGCUGUCUGCAUUGUUGUCAGCAGCCUGGCCCUGAUCUUCUUUGUCGCACCUCGCUAUGGUCAGAAGAAUGUGCUGGUGUACAUCCUCAUCUGCUCUGUGAUUGGUUCGUUGUCUGUGUCCUGUGUGAAAGGCCUUGGCAUUGGGAUCAAAGAGCUGUUCGCUGGAACGGCCGUUCUGAAAGAGCCGCUGUUCUGGGCCCUUCUCAUAUGCCUUGUGAUCUGCAUCAGUAUCCAGAUAAGCUACCUUAAUAAAGCCCUCGACAUCUUCAACACUUCUAUAGUUACACCUAUUUAUUAUGUCUUCUUCACCACGUCUGUCAUGGCUUGUUCAGCAAUCUUGUUUAAAGAGUGGCUUCAAAUGUCUGCUGACGGAGCUGCUGGGACUGUUAGUGGCUUUCUUACCAUCAUCAUUGGCAUUUUUCUCAUCCACGCGUUCAAGGAUAUAAACUUCAAGCUGGACUCUUUACCUUUAUAUCUGCACGUUGGCUCUCAAGACAGAACGUGGAACCAACCGUACAUUGCUUUGCCGACCGAAGAUAGGACUACUAUGAUCGAUGAAAGCGAUCUGACUAAACAAACAAAUGCAAAGAGCUUUUUUCCUGAGAGUUCAGGCAUAAGGAGCAAUGGUACAUUUAUUACCUAGCAUAAUAUCAGCAAAAAUGCUUAAUGAUUAUGUGAGUGACUACUAAAGCACAGAUGUACGCAAUCCAUUAAUACUGUGAGGGUAAUUUAAUUUGCAUCUUUUUUGUUUGUUUUAGCAUAGAAGGUACUUUACUUGCAUAUUUUCUGUCUAUAAUAUUUCUAUUUGCAUCUUGCAAUUUUUGAAAAAAUAAGUUUUAUACUGUUGAUAUUAAGAAUAACGAUGAUGUGUUUAGUAAUUUUAAUAAAAACAUCCUGAAGUAGCAAUAUAGUAUUUAAAAAAAAUCUGCUGUACAACAUCUUAUUAUUAAAUGUUACAUUAUUUAUUCUAUGAUCAAGCCUGUCUCGUUUAGGAUAUACAUACAAUUAUAUUCAUAUCAAGCACCUUUUUAAUGCCUCAUUUUUUCAAUAAAAUCAUUUUGUUAUA